AUGCAGAGACGUGGAGCCAUGAGGAGCUUUAUGGCAGAAUGUGAAUCCUUGAAGGACAUAAGGCAUCGUAAUCUUGUGAAGCUAUUGACGGCUUGCUCGAGUACUGAUUUCCAAGGAAAUGAAUUCAGAGCUCUCAUCUACGAGUUCAUGCCUAAUGGAAGCUUGGAUGUUUGGCUUCACCCGGAGGAAGUUGAAGAGAUUCAUAGGCCCUCAAGAACUUUAACUCUUUUUGAAAGACUCAACAUUGCAAUAGAUGUGGCUUCUGUCCUGGACUAUCUGCAUGUUCAUUGUCAUGAUCCUAUAGCUCAUUGCGAUCUUAAGCCAAGCAACGUCCUCUUAGACGAUGACCUAACUGCCCAUGUUAGCGACUUUGGUCUGGCUCGGCUUCUCCUCAAAUUCGACAAAGAGUCUUUUCUCAACCAACUAAGCUCAGGUGGCGUCAGAGGAACCAUUGGCUAUGCUGCACCAGAAUAUGGAAUGGGAGGGCAACCAUCAAUACAUGGUGAUGUGUAUAGCUUUGGGGUUCUCCUUUUGGAAAUGUUCACUGGAAAAAGACCAACCAAUGAGUUAUUUGGAGGAGAUCUUACACUAAACAGCUACACCAAGUCGGCAUUGCCAGAGCGAGUGUUGGAUAUUGCAGACAACUCGAUUCUUCACACCGGUCUCAGAGUCGGUUUCCCUAUUGCUCAGUGCUUGAGACUGCUUUUGGAGAUGGGACUUAGGUGUUGUGAAGAAUCUCCGACGAACCGGUUGGCAACAAGUGAAGCCACAAAAGAGUUAAUCUCAAUCAGAGAGAGGUUCUUUAAAGCCAGAAGAACAUACAGACGUUGA